AUUAACAGACCAAUAACUGCAAAAGAACUACCAAUGCCUUCCUUGCUACAUCCCAUGUUGCCACUCUCUUCAACGCCAAAACCUCCGGCAAAUUCGCCGGCGUACGAUGGACCCUUUGCUGUCCAUAGUACAAGAACCAAAUCCCUUCAUACAGUAGCUGCAGUACCUAAAACUACAAGCGAAACAAGAAUCAACAAGGCUGAGGAUGACUAUCAUGCCACCGUCAAAGCUCUCAACUCUAAAGGUCGUUUUCCAAGAAAGUCACUUGGGCAGCAUUACAUGCUGAAUUCAGAGGUAAAUGAUCAACUAGUUGCUGCUGCUGAUGUGCAAGAAGGAGAUUUGGUGGUUGAAAUUGGGCCUGGUACCGGUUCCCUGACAAAUGUUCUUGUCAAUUCUGGUGCAACUGUCCUUGCAAUUGAAAAGGAUCCCUACAUGGCAGCCCUUGUAACAGAGAGAUUUUCCAGUCUAGACUAUGUAAAGGUCUUGCAAGAGGAUUUCACAAAAUGUCAUAUACGCUCCCAUUUGUCCGCAGUUUUGCAAAGUAGAAUGAAUUCUUCAGGUGUAAAACCGAAAUAUGCAAAGGUAGUCUCCAAUCUACCUUUUAACAUAAGUACAGAAGUUAUUAAGCAACUUCUUCCCAUGGGUGAUAUCUUCUCAGAAGUAGUUUUGCUACUGCAGGAAGAAGCAGCUGUGCGCAUGGUGGAUUCAUCCUUACGGUCCUCUGAAUACCGACCCAUUAAUAUUUUCAUCAACUUCUAUUCAGAUCCUGAAUACAAAUUUAAGGUGCCGAGGACAAAUUUCUUCCCACAACCUAAAGUUGACGCAGCUGUAGUUUCCUUCAGACUGAAGCAACCUGUAGAUUAUCCUCCCGUUUCUUCAGCCAAAAGCUUCUUCUCAAUGGUCAACUGUGCAUUUAAUGGGAAACGUAAGAUGUUACGAAAGACACUACAACAUAUAUGCCCUUCUCUUGAGAUUGAAGAAGCUCUUGUUAGUGCUGGUCUUCCAUCCACGUCAAGGCCUGAGGAGCUUGCGCUUUAUGAUUUCGUAAGGCUGCAUAAUUCAAUUGUUAAACCCUAGGAUCUUCUGGUGUCACUUGGUGCUGAGCUGUCCUGAGGAUACUUAUGCUUAUGCUUCACUGGUACCAGAAUCUGGAAUAGGGAGUCUACAAGCUGCAAAAGCCCAGAGCAAUAUCACCAGCAGCAAAUUCAAACAGCUAAAGUUGACAGCAAAAAGAGCAACCCCGCAACACUUGAUUUGAGCCUCCAUUGCUCUACUGUUGUCAAAUUAAUCAAAGCCUUAAUCCAUUCAACACAGCAUAAGCGCUAAGAGAAUUGUCAAGGCAUUAGAUAUGAGUGUAAAUAUGUUAUAGCGUGCUCUCAUUAGUAGAGUAUGCCAUUAAGUAUAGUCGAUAUUUUUUUUGCAUCAGAUCACCCUCUAUAAUCCAUGAAUAGUGAGAAUUUAUAUGACACUCUAACUUGGUUUGGUAUUGAAGCGUAAUUAUUGU